GUUUUACCUUCUCCCCCAGCUCCACCUCCUGGGCGUUUAUAAACCUCAGCCCAUCCCUACUUCUGCUUGAGGCAAAACCAGAGGCUUUAGAUCCACAGUUAGUCCAAGAGCAAGCUUCCUCACCCCUAGCCUCCUCCAUGGCUGCUGAGCCACUGACAGAGCUGGAGGCGGCUAUUGAGACGGUGGUGAAAACCUUCUUCACCUUUGCUGGUCAGGAGGGAAAGAAAGGCAGCCUCAGUAUCAAUGAAUUUAAAGAACUGACCACCCAGCAGCUGCCCCACCUCCUCAAGGGCGUGGGCUCCUUGGAAGAGAAGAUGAAGAGUCUGGAUGUGAAUCAGGAUUCUGAACUCAAGUUCCAUGAAUACUGGAGGCUUAUUGGGGAUCUGGCCAAGGAGAUGAAGAAAGAGAAAGCAGCAGAGUUCCGGAAGAAGUGACACUGACUUAAGGAGGUUUUGGGGGGGGAGAGUAGGGGAAGGUGACGAGGUGACCGCUGUCCCCCUAAUAAAGUUGUCUUGAAAUACAAA